AGUGCGUAUCUAACUGUGCUCCGAGGACAACCUGAAUGGACAGUUGCUCGAACGGCGGAAGGAAAACUUAAAAGGUUACGUACGGUGUCAGAGAAGUUAAUUCUUCCUUCCUGGUCGAGUGCUCUUUGUGUAUUCACACACAUUGUCUGCGCUUGGAUGUUGGAAACGCGUGUCGGUCAGAGGACGCUACGAACCAGUUGUCUCACUUCCUCGUCUCGCCGCCAUGUUGAUGCACUACUCCAUUGCCUGGCUUUUCCUCUUACUUAGCUGUUGCUACUCCCAGGAUCCUUUGGUGGAACAAUGUAGAAAUGCAUUUCCGGGAAUGAAAGUUUCUGAAGUUACUUUUAACGGAACAGAAGUGUCGGCCUCUAGAGAAACAAAGUGUUAUGUUCAUUGUCUCUUCGAGAAUGAAGGAACGAUGCAUGGAAAUAUAAUUAAUACAACUGCUGUGGACGAAGCAUUUAAAAAAGACGCUCACAACAGUGCGCUGAUAAAUGCAGUAAAUGAAUGUAAGCAAGUGGGAGGUACGUUUUAG